CUCCUGCAUGGGGCAAGUAGGCAGGCGGACAGACAGGCAUGCGCGGCGCACGGUGCUAAGCGCCAAACAGGAAGUCUUAUUAUUGCACCUUUUGCCUCCCGGCUCGGCGUGCGCGCCGAUAUUCUCGCCGCGGACCUGAGCUGCCUCGCAUCGGCAUCAGCAUCAGCAUCAUGCCCCGUGCGGCUCCGGCACCCUACCGUCCUGCAUCACUAUCCGCAUCAAGAACAGCACCAUGAAGAAGUUCCUCUCGCGCUUCAACGGCGCACCCGUACCUGGUUUCGUUGACGCAGCGCCAGCAGAAGCUUGCACGGAGAAGGUCGCCCUCUUCACCAGUGAUGGGAGAGGGCAUGUCGCUGCGAAUGCGAGCGCGCCCCCGCAGCCACCCGCGAAAGACCGCGUGCGCGCGAUGGCAGCCAGGUUCGAAGAGCUCAGCAGUGCAGCCACCGCGACCUCCUCUGGCGCGACGACGACCGUGGCGGGCGUGGGCGCACCGCCUUUACCCAGACCACAAGCAGCCGCGUUCUCUAGUUCUGCCGGGUUGAAUGGCCCAGAGCGCCGCCCGGAAAGAGAGAAAGAGACGGCGGGGGGCACUGCAUCAGCACCGUCAUCCCCACCUCCGCUGUCCCCGACGUCGAUGGACAACGGCAGAGACGUCGCACACGUAGCGAUCAUCAACGAUCCAAUGGCUUCAAGCCGCUCGGCCAGCGGUGCGCCAGCGUUGUUGUCCGACAUGCCGCUUUCGACUGCGUCAGCGCCGGCCUCUGCACACGCGCAUGCAGCAGCUGGGGACAAGGCGCCGUUGGCGCAGCGCAGACGGCCCCUCACACCCGACGCGCCGUCGUCGACGGGUAUGGCAUCCAAGCAGGUCGCUUUUGCACCGUCGCCCAUCAAGCCCUCCACCCAGCGCGAACAGCGCUUUGGAAGCGCAACCGCCAGCGGCGGCGGCGGCUACGCCUUCUUGGACUUUGCUGGUGCUGCUGCGUCCUCCUCCACCCCCUCCUCGACGCCCCCUGCUUCAGUCUCUGCCGCCACUGUGGUGUCAGAUAGCAACCUGGGCUUCCCGCGGCCGGCCUCCUCCUCUUGGGCCCGCCCGGCGCCCGCGCACGACCUCGCGUCGCUCGGCAUCGGCCGCCCCAGCUCGCGGCAACAGCUCUCUGCAAAUGGCGCCAACGAUGACGGCGCAUCAUCCGGCUAUGCGUCUGCUGUUGGCGUCAUGAGGUCCAAGUUGGUCAGCGCCAGCGCCACUAGCGCAUCGGAGGGCACAGCCACAGCGGCAGACGCCGCCACUGCCGGUGACAACCAUGUGCCGAGCGCGAGCGCCAGCAGAAAAGGCCGGCGGAGCUCGGCAUCCGCCUCAGCCUCUGCUUCGGCGACAGGUUACGGCUCCUCUGCGGUUGAAAAGCGCGCACACUCCAAUUCCGCCUCCUCGGCACCCCCUGCGCCGAUGAUCCAUCUCACGCACCAAGACGCCUUCGCGCACCUCCCCGCGCAGAAUAGCAUCCCUUUUGCGUCGGCGCUCGGUGUGCACCGCUCCACGUCGCCGCUGUCUGUGGCCCCGUCCGUAUCCGCGCAUGCCCUUUCGGCCGCGCCCGCAACUGCGGCUUCCGCGGGCAGACGAAGCAGCGGCCCGGCGCUCGUCCCGGCGCUCAGCCUUUCCUCCGGCUUGCCCCACCGGCCGUCGACCUGCAGCGACGGCGAGCCAGCGCCUACGCCUAAUGGCGCCGCGCACGACGCGUUUUCACUCCGCUCCUAUCGCUCCCGCGCUGGCUCGAGUGGCGGUGGUGGUGGUGCCGCAGAUCGGUUCGGCAGCGUUGGAGCCAAGUCCAUUGGUGCGCCGAGCUGGAGCGAGAUGACGGAGGAAGAGCUGGUGUUGAAUCUGGGCAGCAGGGAGCGCACGAGGCAGGAGGUUCUGUGGGAGAUUGUCGCGAGCGAAGAGAGGUACGUGCUCGAGUUGGAAAAGAUGAAGGACCUGUACGUCGAUGCGCUGCUCCAUCCCCUGCGCUUUUCUCCGCCCGCCAGCCCGCCUCCUGCCAGUCCGCGUGAGAGCAUGCAUCAACAGGCAGCAUUGAUGCAGAUGCAUCUGUCCGCAUCCGCGUCGAAUUCAGUAUCCGCACGAUCGUCUCAACAGCUUCCGAUCGCGUCGCGCUUUGCUUCGUCGGCGUUCGGGGAAGGCGGAACUAAGCUCGGCCUGCCGUCUUCCCCUGCUUUCACUGGCGGGCGCCGGACCAGCUCCGGCGGCGUAGGUAUGAUGGCUCUAUCACACAGCGGCAGUGGUGGUGUCGGGCCGAGUAACUUUGCCAGAGGCCUUGGAAUCGCCAUGCCCAGCAGCGGCAGCCCAGACGGCUCGGACGCGCGUGCACUAGCUGCACAGUUGCGCCGCAAGACGACACGGCGCACAAGUGCCUCGGUCUUUGGCAUGGCUGUACCACCCACAUCUUCGCAAGCGAGUAAGCCGGGCGACCCAUUCAAUCUGGGCAUUAACGUCCCCUUGCCCGAGUCGCUGCGCUUGGUGCUCGAGUCCCUGACCCAGGGCCUUCUCGAGGCGCACGAACAGCUAUCCGAAGCGCUCAAAGCGCGCUACGAAGCGCAGUGGCCGCUCGUGCGCACCCUCGCAGACAUCUUCAUGCGCUACUCGUUCAUCCUCAAGCAUUACGCCACGUACGUGUGCCACUUGCAGCGCGCGCUCGAGCAGAUUGACGAGGCGAUGCUCAUGGAGCGCGCCAUGCGAGGCAAGCGCAUCAAGAAAGAGAAGCUGUCGCAGACCGUCGCGCUUGGACGUGCCAUCGCCGUGCUCGAAGCCUUCGCGCUUGAUUAUGGCGAGCCAGGCUUGGCCAUCUUUAUUUCCAAGCCGUUCCAACGUCUGCUCAAGUACCCGCUUCUCUUCCAGAAUCUACUCUUCCACACCGACCCUUCGACGCACGAGUUUGAAAGCACCGUCGAGAUGGUUGUCGAGGUCGAGCGGAUCGUGCGCAGCAUUGAAGAUGAGAAGGUCAGCGCAGAGGAGCGUGACAAGGCGCGCGACGCCUUUGCCCGCAUCGACGGCGUCGCGGAUAGGCGUCUGCUCAAACCGCGCGGCGACCGCUUCCUGAUCGAGGAAAAGCCGCUUUACGACGAGGCGCCGAAGCGCGCACUCUCGGAAAACUCGCCCAGUGUUCCGCAUAGCAACAGCAACGGUAGCAUGCGUCCUUCGGGCUCUACAGGCAACGCUUCCGAUAGCGAGGUUGCAGAGCUGACUUCUCCCGCGCAGCGCAGCCUUCGCGACUCGCUUCGCUCCAAGCGAUCUUACCGCCGCUUAUCGGACUUUCUCGCCACAGAUCCAAAGCAGCAAAAGAGCAAGGCGCCAAACAUGGGAAGCAAGAAGGACAUCUGGAUCGUCAAGUUCUCCGACGUCGAGCUCCGCUGUCAGCGUGUCGGCGUCACGGCUUUGCCCAUGGCCAGCUCGGUUGCGAUCCGACCGACGGGCCCUGCUCAGUCGCUCGAUGGCGCAGCAGACUUUGGCAGUCUGGCUUCAAGUGCAAAGGACAGCAAGGAUCGGCUGAAAGCGCUGCGCAACACGACGCUGCGGGCAAAGACGCGCAACCUGUACAAAUUUAUCGCCAUCCAGUCUUGGAAGGCUGCUGAGAAGCCAGAGGAAUCGCACAGCGUCAACGAAGAGACGCUGCUUGAGGAGGCGGAAGUGGAAAAGACAGACAGCGAUGCGAGCAGCGAAGAUGUGAUCGAGCUCGACCGAUACGUGCGACAGAGCAAGCUCAGCUUCAGCUACUGGGGACACGAUAAGGUGGAGCCUCGACCGCAGAGCGCAACGAGCCAACCCACUCGCAGACAAUCACCUCUUCUUUCGAACGUGGCUGCUUUUCGCAGCCAGCAGCAGCAGCAGCAACAACACCGCACCGCAUCGCCGUCUUCCAACACGAGCCACGCGCUCGCGCGGGUCAGCAGCGGCACCGCGUUCAUCGACCCUUCGAGCGUUGUGUCAAAUUCGCACUCCAAAGCGCGCGUAGACAAGUUCGCAGGACGGUUGCGCGAGAGCGGCUCGCCUCCUUCCGCUGCAGCGAGCCGUCGCACGUCCGUCGCACUGGACAUCGAUCGGCCUGCAUCCAGAGGCGCAGCAGCGGUGGCCGCGGACACUAGCAAGACGAGCCUUGUCCGUCCAAAAGCGCAAUUGCCGCGCAACAAUUCUUCGCUGAUCUCUGUUGAGGCGGGUGUACCCUUCUCGCCAAGCGGGCUCAGCUGGCCGAACAGCCCGUCGAAAGCGUAGAAGGAAAUUUAGCAUCUGAAGCCCACCAUCAUUCAGCAUUUUUAAACAUCCCAGCAUCCGGCAGGAAUCUUUGAGUUCUUGACAUCGUACCCCACUUGACACCCGAACAUCCUCUUUACAUUGUACUCUA